GAUCCGCUUGUCUCGGGUGACGCGACUGGAUGCUGUGACUGAUGUAUUAUAAAGAAAUACGUUGUUGAUGAUGAUGAGAAUAGACGCGUAUUCCUGAUGGAGGAAUUAAGCGAUCCGAGGAGAAGAAGAAGAAGAAGAAGCGCGUUCAUGUGAGGAGCAAAAAUCAAGAUGCUUCAAUCUGACAGCAACGCGACGACUUUGAUGUGACACAGAGAGGGCAAAUGGUGUACUUCCUGUCCACGGAGGGCGUAAAGUCCUUGUUCCUCUUUAACCACUCAGACAGGAACGGUUCCUCCACGCCGACGCAUGUUUUCUGCCAUCUGGACACCUCCGCAAAGCUGCAGAACAACGUCUCGGUGACGUCGUACGACCUGUCGCCAGCAGAGGUCACGCUCCUCGGCCUUGUGUUCGGGGUAUUCUGGGUAAUUUCGGUGCUGGGGAAUUCGUUGGUGUGUCUGGUAAUCCAUCGGAGCCGGAGAACCCAGUCGACCACUAACUAUUUUGUUGUGUCGAUGGCGUGUGCGGAUCUGCUGUUGAGCCUAGCAUGUGCACCGCUAGUUCUCCUGCAGGUUUCUACCGGUCACUGGCCUCUGACCGCGGCCGCAUGCAAAUCCGUGCGCUACCUGCAGCACUUGUGCCCCGGAGUCCAGGUCUACGUGCUUCUGUCCAUCUGCGUGGAUCGCUUCUACACCAUUGUGUAUCCGUUGAGUUUUAAAGUGUCGCGCGAGAAAGCCAAACGAAUGAUUCUGGCGUCUUGGCUCUUUGACGCUGCGUUCGUCUCGCCGUGUUUGUUAUUCUACGGAUCAUCGGCGUCGCAAAACCACUGUGACUUCUUCCUGGCGGACAGCUGGGACGGGUUGGCGUACGCCGUCGCGCAUCUUUUUCUUGGUUUCUUGGUGCCGGCGCUGCUAAUCGUGUCCUUCUACCAGCGUGUAGUGCGCUACAUCUGGAGGAUUAGCGCUGAUGGACGAACGGUGCGCAGGACCAUGAACAUCGUCCCCAGGACUAAAGUAAAAACCAUUAAGAUGUUCCUGAUGCUCAACACUGUGUUUCUUUUCACCUGGACGCCGUUUUACUUCGCACAGAUUUGGCACCCGAAGGAAACGGCGGGCCCGAGCAGACAGUCGGCGUUGUUCUUCAUCACUGUGGCCUGGAUCUCCUUCAGCUCCACGGCGUCCAAACCCACACUGUACUCUGUGUAUAACGCCAACUUCAGACGCGGCAUGCGCGAGACGUUCUGCAUGUCGUCUAUGAAGUGUUAUCGUAGUAACGCAUACACCAUCACCGCCAGCUCGCGGAUCGCCAAAAAGAACUACGUGGGCGUCGUCGAACUGCCCGCGCCGGCAAAGACACUCAUCAAAGACUCAGUUCAUGACACUUUUGACCGGGAAGCAAAGGAGAAGAAGUUAGCAUGGCCGAUUAGCACCAACCCACCUAACACAUUCGUAUAAAGUCUUUAAAGAGAAUUUAAUUCGUUCAUAAUUUUCUCACCUUUUACGUGGUUGAACCUGAAUGAGAUUCUUUCUUAGGGGCCGUUCACACAAAACGUGUUUUUCCAUUCCAAUGCGUUACUUUUCUAGUGUUUUUCAAAAUAAACGUACUAGAUGCGCUCAUGUCUUGUGUCUUUCUAGCAAUGUGCCACAAUUUUACGAUGCCGCGUCAAAUUAAAAUAAUUUCCAAUCAGAAAACCCUGGAGGCAGGGCAAGCGUUGCCAGCUUUUGUUUUCAGUAGCUUCAGUAGCAAGUUUAAUUUAAU